UACGAUCGCAAUGUCAGUGUUUUCGAAUGUUUUUUUUUUCGUGCAAAAUAUCGGCGUUCCGAUACAUGAAUGAGACAGCAAAGGAAAGAGAGAAAGAGUGAAUGGUUUGAUGAUAUCAAUAGUGCAAAACAGUUUGCGUGUGUAUUGCAUACCACAUUUACGAACAUCACACCGUGCUGGCUAACGGCUAUCGCUCGAAAUCACCUAUAAACUUCAAUAAUAUUUCUAUGCGGAGCACAGUUCAAAAAUAUCACUUCGUGUGCCCGGAAUUCAAUCCAGUUCAUCAUCGAUCGGCUCUUUCUCUCUAUUUGUUCACAUCCAUCGAGACUGUUACCUGCUUAUUAUAGAACAAAAAUCAAGCGGUAGACGUGUCAAGGUUUUUCCGAGAAAAAAAAGAGAUAACAAAAACGUAGAACUCCCACUAGUGUUCUGUUGUGCUGACAAAAAAAAAUCUGAUCAGUUGAUUGGAGGUAAGCCGUUUAUCAUUUUAAUGUAAUUUUAGGAAUUUAAAUUAAAUUUUUUCGAGAGUAAAAUCAACAAUUGUUUUUCAUCGAAUUGUUUGUUGGAAAAAAUAUCCCCAUUUGCGUACGUCACGGUUGUUUUGUUGUUUUUCUCUAAUCGAAUGAAGAUCACAAUUAAAUAUAUAUGCGAAAUUAGUUGCGAACACAAAAUAUUAUCGUAGAUUGAAUUUAAAAUGCAAUUAAAUAAUUAUUUACAAGUGAAAAAAACAAUCCCAUGCAGCGGUGAUUUUCUGAUAGUAUUUGCAGAACAGUUAACUUGAAAGCAUAUAAUCAAAUUGAAGAAGGCACAAUGUGCGCACCAAAUAAUAAUUAUUAAAAUUACCGAGAACAGAGCCUGUGUCAACUCAUACAGCCGCACACACACACACACAUUGUUGUUCAUUGUUGAUGUGUGCACAAUGAUCGUGUCGGAAAAAGCAUUGAAUUUAUGAAUUUUAAAUUUGGCAGCUUCAACAUUUAUUUUAAAAUUUUUAUUGCGUACUUUUUUCUGUCAUUGUAAGCCCGCGGAUUCGCGGUCAUUCGCUCAAUUGUCGAUAUAGAUUUUGUUUUUCUGCGUAAUACUGGCAUAUCAGUUGUUUUCUUUUUUUCCAAACGCUUCCGUAAUUACAAAUUUAGUGUUGCAUGUGAUUGAAUUUAUCGGUUCAUGAAUCACUGAAAACACUGAAGUUAAAUCACGCAGAAAAAAAUUGUAUAAUUUCACUAUCAAUUUUUAUCUAAUUGAAAUGUUCGCUUCCAGCUUUGAAAAUAAUCAAUCAAUGAUGGCCAUAAAUAGUUAAGCAUGUGUGAUGAUAUUUGGCAAAGUUAUGAACAACAGUUCUUUAUCAGUAUUUGCCAUUGAAAUUUAUUGCUUAGCUCAUUGCGCGUAUAUUUCGUCGAAAAAUGCUUUAUGACACUACUUCUUGAAUAAAGAAAAAAAAAGUGUGUUGACACUGACUUCCUCAGUAGAACAUGUUGACAAAAUUAUGCCUGCAUAAAAGUAUUUCAGUUUGACAUAAUAAAAGGCAAUCGUCAGGUUUGACGCAAGUACUCACAGAAUAAAUUUAAUAUAUGACCACAGGUUUUGCGGAUUUUCCUCAUAAAUUGAUCUGAUCAUAGAUAAUGAGUCAAAUAAUUUUCAGUUCUGAUUUUAAUAACCAAUGCAAUAUAACGACGAUUUUUUUUCAUCGUCAAAUAUUUCCAUUACAUCAAUAAUAUUACACAAUUUCUGAUAAGACUCAUUUGAAAUCAUCGUAAAUACGCGUCUUUCAUCUAGCCGCACACUUGCUCGAGUGGAUUGUAUUUAAACAUUGACACUAAGAACUAGAUUCAAUGUAAACUUAUUUGUUUUGAAGUGAUUACAUUGAUUGAUUUAAAAUCUAUACUCAUUUCGAUAUUUGUGUCGCAAUCUGUUGUUCAGUUAUCGGGUUUUGAUUUGAAAUAAUUUUCAUUUGAAUAACCGACUCCGACUCCACGCGCAAAUCAAAAUGCGACGGGCAUUUUACUUUCAAUCAAUUAUUUGUGUAGGAUUUUCCCUAUUGAUACUAAUUCAAUAUUGAUAUAUUGUGUGGAUUCAUUCAAUGAGUUUACAAAAUGACAUAUCAAAUGAUUAGCAGUCGAAUUGCAACGGAAUUCCAGCCAUCUGUGUACCAGCAUAAACAUUAUAUAUUCAUAUUAUCAUUUGCUAUCAUAACAAAAUGUGACACCAAUUAGUGGUGCAAUAAAGCAAAAAAGACAAUGCAAAUUAAACGGAAUGAGUGCGCAUUGUACUUGUAAUUUGUAAUAUGAUCCAAAACAUAUGUAAACAAGUGGUGAAUAGCAACGAGCAAUGGUCACAGUACAAUAUGGUUCGAAAGUGAUUUCCCCAUUUAUUCACUAAAUAACCCAAUAAUAUAUUGAAUAUGAAACAUAAUGAAUAGAGAAAAAAGCGAUUUAAACCGUUUCAUGCCAGCGUUACUUUAUGGUAACAGCAGUGGACGUUCAGACGAAGGCUUGUUCCUCGUGAUUAAGGCAUGCAAAUUCGACAAGUGAUCAUUUUUUGUGCAAAAGAAUUUUGCUGCUAUCAUUUUUUUAAAUGAACUAUAUAAAAAGCGUCAGUAGCACGAGCCGUUUGGUCACAGCAAGCCUCUUUUUUUGGAAAACACUCGUCAAAAAUCAAACGGUUAAUGCAACUUUACAUAAAUGAAGGUGUUGUUUUGAAUUAAAAUUGGCUUUUUGAAUCAAUUCAUGUUUCUGAUAUGAAAUAUGUGUGAUUAUCACCUUUAGCAAACUUGAACAUCUUCACAUAAGCUGAAAUUAUUUGUCCAACACACUACACGAAUUCGAAAUGAAAUGAAAAUCUCAUUAAAAACCAAUUUGAAUACUAUAUUCACUGCAGCACAGUGAAUUCCAUUGAAUAAUUGACUUUUGAUUUAUCAAAGAAAAAUCCAGGAAGAAGAAUGUUCAAAGUCAUAUUUUGAUUUAAUACUCCAUAGCAACGAGGAAAUUUCAAUAAAUAAUUCUAUUUUUAAAAUGAUUAAAGAAAAAAUGUCCUCCAUUAUUGUUUUCAAACAAUUAGACCCCGAAGAAUCGUAAAAUUGUUCUUUUCUUUUGAUAAAAUAAUUCAGCGGCACGUUCGGCAUAUGUAGCAUUGUGCCAGUAAUUAAAUCAAUUUCUUUCCAUUCAUUCAUUCUAAUGCAAUUUACAAGCGCUUCACCAGAUUCAAGUACAUACCGCUUCAUUUGGCAUAUAUUUGCGAUUGAACCAUUUUAUUGACAUCAAAAUACACAGAAAGCUUUCGGUGGGCACGAUCUCACGUUUUUUUCAACGACAGCUCAGAAAAAGUAAUGAAAUUUGUUAGAAAAAAAAGGCGCGAAACCUGGAAAUCAUUUCAAUUGAUUGAACUUGAACUAUUUUCAUUGAAGGAUAACACAAUUUCAAACUUGCUCUUUAACUAAAGAUACGAAAUGUACAGAUAAUGCUAUUAGUGCAAAGGUCUCCAUUCAAAAAACACACGAAAAUGUUUCGGCAGAUAAACAUGUUGGAACCAUUCCAUAAGAUAAUUAUAAUCAAACGUCUUUUGAUGAGAAUUUUCGAAUUAUUUUGGUUAUUCCAUUUUGAAAAUAAGAAAUCAUUACACAUCACAGUAGAUAUGCAUUCAGCAUACCGCAUUGCAUUUUUGGUAUCACAUAAUAACUAAAGUCGAGAAUUUGUUUUUCUCUGGAUAUUUAUACGCUAUAAUGUAUACCUGUGAUAUCCCUUAUGUAUCGCUUUUGUUUGGGACGCAUACAAAACCGGUUUCGAAAUACCAAACCUUCUUACUGUUUCAUUCUGAAAAUGGUAGCUGUUGGAUGUGGCGAAAUAAUGCCAAAACUGCAAUUUGAAUUCGCAUAAUGGAAUGAAUAUGCAACUGCACCAAGAAGACUUACUACUUGAUUCACUAAAUUAUUUGCAUAAACACUCUAGCACAGAUGUAGAAUCAUUGACUUCAAAAUUGUAGCGCUGAUGAUGUGAAUGGAAUUAUUCACAGCCUAUUCAUUGUAUUUGGGUAUGUAUUCAGCUGAGCGAGAAAAAAGAAACCCUUUAAUGACUAAAAGGAAGACGCUGAUUUCCACACUCAUUUUUCAUUCUAAAUGACAGCUAUCAACAAUGAUUCUUAUCUGUUAAUCACUGACUAAGUGAUCUAUAGAUCAUUGUAAUGACAAUAAAAAGGUGAUCGAUUGCAUAUUAUCGGAGUCAAUAAAUAAAGCUACAAAAUGUGGUGAAGUGUGGCUGUCAUAAUAAUUGAAUUCUCCUUAAAUUUCAAGAAUUAUUCAUUUUUUAGAUUUUUUUCUUCUGUUGGAAUUUUAAUUUUCCCGGACGAUAGAACAAUAUUUUGGAUUUUAAAUUUGAUUAGUCGUUCAUACUCAGCAUAAUACACCCUGAUAUGCUCAAUAUUAUCAAGAAAGAACUUGAGACAUUUGGUUUUGCAUGAUACGGUGUAGCUAUUUUUAGUAGUAUCGCUGGAUUUCCACAUCUUGUAGAAGUUUUACGUCAUCACUGAUUAACAUUCCAAAAAUCGGAUACUCGCCAAAAUGAGACGAGCCAAACGACGAGAGUAGACGGAGAGGAAGAUUGCACGCCUGUGUGACGGGCCCACAAACGUGCCAUACCCUUGACGUAGUGCGUUUUGAUAGGCUCAUUCCGUGGGCACAAUCAAAACUAACUGAAUUGUCUAUAUAUACUACAAUGAAACUGCUAAAACCAGACAAUCAAAACAUAUGCACGUGACCAAAGGCAAACUGCUCACAAAUUAUUAUACAUAUUUCUUACCAAUACACACACACUUUGCUCAUGCAAAAUGAUUUCACUACAAUAUUCGUUUUGCUGAAAGAAUAAAAUCGAAUUUUCUCAUUUCGUUUGCAUAUUUCGUCACAGCGGUGCAAUUAUUUGGAUUAUUUGGAAAUAAAUGUGUGCAUCGGUGAAGGUGGAUUCAAGGUGAUGGAAAUCACAAUCUAAUCCUCCACUCACGAUUACUUUUCCAACCCUUUGUCAGUUCGUCUAGUUCCACAAAAGGUUGUCGUAAUCUAAUUAGCGGAAGAAAUGCAUUUUAUAUUACCCACCGAAUUUUCAUAAUUUCACGACAAUAUCCCAAUUACCAUUGAAAUAGAUGAAAUUCGUUUCAGUCCGGUAAAAUAUUAACCACAAGAGAAUAGACAGAUACAUGUAUACAUUUGUAUAUUUGUGAAUGGUUUUCUUCAUCGCAUGACCUGCGCAUUGGCGCUGCAAUAUGAAACACGAACCAACACAUGUAUGCACAAUUCAGACCCUCUUCGGUUCGGAAUCCGUGUUUUAUGCAUCGAUUCAUUGAGGGAUUGAGACCGCUCAGUGUGUGCGUAGGUGGUACAUUGCUAUCGUUGGCCUAUUGAAAUGUGCAUUAGUAUUUGUUUGUGUGUAUUUUUGGCGUUGACAUUCAUAUGAACCUUAAGACUAAGCGAAAAAAAAUGAAUAAAACCGUAUUCCACAUCGUGGCGGUAUUCACUUUGUCUGCAAAUCGUUGUGGCACCACAACAACAUUUUUUGCUGUUGUUAUCAAUCGCUAAAACCAAAACGACAAUAAGCUUCUAAUCAAUAAAUUGAAAUUUAAACUAAAAAACCAUAAACGGUGAAUUGAGAAAUGUUCUGUGUGUUUAUUUGAAAAAAAAAAGAAGAUAAUUUAUUACAUUUGGCAAUAAAAACAAAGUGUCCAAAAAAAGUAUAAAAACAAACUGAUAGCAAAGCAUAUCAUCGAGAGAUACGAAGUUGAAAUUUUUCUAUAACAUAUCGUUAAAGUAGACUACAUCUCUAGCUUAGCGCUGGGUAUAUGUGUGCAUGGCAAUAUUGUUGAAAACAGAAAAGAUUCAACGCCAUUGAUAUUAUCAUUUAAAAAAAAGUGAAAAAGAAAAAAAAAGAAACAGAAUGGAAUCCGAAAUCGGUAGUAUUGAAUCGGCCGAGUGUGAGAGAUUGCUUAGUGGCAAUGUUGUCCAAGCGCAAAUUUAUGGAGCAAAAGAGCCGGGUGCUCAAACUGCUAUGAUGGCUGACUCAAGGGCUUCAAAUCCAAGCAAUACUCUACCACAAUAUAUUGCUGCUCUUGCAGCCACUGGUGGCGCAUUUGCGGCAGGUACAACGCUUGGAUGGAGUUCCCCAAUGAAAGAGUUGAUAGUAUCAAACGAAACAUUUACAUCGGACGAGUACCCAUUUAAAAUUACCGAAGAUGACUUCUCAUGGGUUGGAUCGCUCGUCACUUGUGGUGCAGCACUUGUUUGCCUCGUCAUUGGUACAAUCAUCCAAAUCAUUGGUCGUAAAUUAACAAUGUUGUUGCUGGUAAUUCCAUUCACUAUUGGAUGGAUUCUAGUGUUAUGGGCCACGAAUUUGAGCAUGCUUUUUGUUGGCCGGUUCUUACUCGGUGUUUCGGGUGGUGCAUUUUGUGUGAGCGCUCCCACUUACACAGGUGAAAUAGCCCAAUCAAGUAUUCGUGGCACACUCGGAAGCUAUUUUCAGCUUAUGUUGGUAGUCGGUGUCCUGUUUUCAUACGUCGUUGGCACUUACUUACACGUUUUCACAUUCAGUUUGAUUUGCUCUACCAUUCCCAUCAUUUUCGGCAUUAUUUUCAUGUUUAUGCCAGAGACUCCGUCGUUCUUGUUAUCAAAAGGCAAAAAAGAAGCUGCAGCAAAAUCGCUAAGAUGGUUGAGAGGCCCUGACUAUGACUACAGUCAUGAAUUGGCUGAACUUCAAGCGCAACAAGAUGCCGAUAAGAAGAACAAAGUAUCUUUGGCAGCAGCUCUAACACGUCGCUCAACAAUCAAAGCAAUCUUCAUCAGUUUGGGUUUGAUGUUCUUCCAACAAAUGAGCGGUAUCAAUGCGGUCAUUUUCUUCACCUCAGACAUCUUUAAGGCUGCUGAAACUGGAAUCGAUGCUGGCAUCGCAACCAUCAUAGUAGGCAUCAUGCAAGUCAUUUCUGUCUUUGUAUCGUCACUUAUUGUGGAUAAAUUGGGACGUCGCCUGCUACUCUUGCCAUCAGCCAUCGUAAUGACGCUCUGUACUAUUUUGCUCGGUGCAUAUUUCUUCAUGAAAGACCAUGACAGAAAUAGUGUUGCAUCACUUGGUUGGCUACCGAUUGCAUCAUUGUGUGUAUUCAUCAUUCUCUUUUCGAUCGGAUUCGGACCAAUCCCAUGGAUGAUGAUGGGUGAAUUGUUUUCAAAUGACAUUAAAGGUGUUGCCGGUUCAGCAGCUGGUGCUUUCAAUUGGUCUCUGGCAUUUUUGAUUACAUCAACAUUCACUACUAUGAACAAUACAUUUGGAAAUGGACAAACAUUCUGGAUAUUCUCCUUUUUCUGCGUUUUGGGCUUGUUGUUUGUAUUUUUCUUCGUUCCAGAGACGAAAGGAAAGUCAUUGGCCGAUAUUCAAAGAAUGUUGGCGGGCGAAAAAGUCAUUGGCUCCGAAAAUCCAACCGGCACUGGCACAACGGAUUCCAAGUUCUUUGUCAUGUCGGGAUCACAUCGAUAUGACGAGCGACGGCCUUUGCUCCAAUCGGAGCAAAUUCCAUAUAAUACGAACAAUGAACGAGUGCUGGAAAAUGGAUUGAGUGACGAUCCAACGAUGGGUGUUGAUAUGACGUCUGGAAAUGGGGCAACGCGAGCAAAACGGUUACCACAGUACAUUGCCACGAUUUCAGCGACGACUGGCGCUUUGGCAGCUGGCUGUGUACUAGGCUGGAGUUCUCCAGCGCAGCGCGCAGUUGUGAAGGAUCGUGUAUACGGUUUCACUGUGACCGAUGAGCAAUGGUCGUGGAUUGGAUCACUCGCAACUGUGGGAGGCAUCAUCAGUUGCCUGAUGAUUGGUUUAGUUAUGGAUAAAGUUGGUCGAAAGUGUACAAUGCUCCUGCUUAUAAUUCCAUUUUCGAUCGGUUGGGCAAAUUUGAUGUUGCCAGUUUCGGUAUUGAUGCUGUAUAUCGGGCGAUUUUUCGUUGGUUUUGCUGGCGGAGCAUUUUUCGUAGUAGCUCCAUCGUACAUUGGAGAAAUAGCAUCAAAAGAUAUACGUGGCACUUUGAGCAGCUAUUUGCAACUAAUGGUUACGGUUGGUAUUUUAUUUGUGUACGUGAUUGGCCAUUUUUUCGCAACAAACACAUUCUUCACAUUCAACAUUAUUUGCGCAAUCUUGCCGCUGAUAUUUGGAGCCGUAUUUGUGUGGUGUCCUGAAAGUCCGUACUACUACAUAAUGAAAAAUCAAACGGUAAAUGCGGAAAAAUCGUUGAAAUGGUUGCGUGGUGAAGACUACAAUUUCAACGAUGAACUAACUGAAAUUCAAAUCGAACACGAUCUGAUGACACAAAAUAGAACAACUUUUUUCACUGCUAUCAAACAGUCAGCCACAAAACGUGCGCUUUCGAUAAGCCUCAUUUUGGUGCUUUUAACCCAAUUGAGCGGUAUAAACGCAGUCAUCUUUUACACUGAGUCGAUUUUCGAAGAGGCUAAUGCAGGCGUUGAAUCAUCCAUGGCAACUAUUUUUGUGGGCAUCAUGCAAGUCGUGGCCACAUUUGUUGCUUCAUUGACUGUUGAUAAUUUGGGCAGGCGAAUGCUACUGGUAACAUCCGGUUCAAUCAUGUGCAUAUGUAACAUUGGCAUGGGAACGUAUUUCUAUCUGCAGGAUAACAAUAGUGCAUACGUCCAACAUUUAAAUUGGUUGCCAAUAACUGCGUUAUGCGUGUAUAUAAUUUCAUUCUCUUUGGGACUAGGUCCAAUCCCAUGGGUAUUAGUUUCUGAAAUUUUUACGACCGAAGUGAAAGCCAUAGCAAGCUCUUUAAGCGGCGCCACAUCGUGGUUUAUUGCUUUCCUAGUGACAAAAUUAUUUCCGAACGUUCGCGAUUUGAUCGGGGCUGGGUGGACAUUUUAUGGAUUUGCUGCUUUUGCUGCAUUGUGCACGGUAUUCGUAUUGAUGAUAGUGCCCGAAACGAAAGGAAAAUCAUUCAAUGAAAUUCAACGAUCACUCCACGGUCAGACGAAUAACAUUGUUGAAACUGACGAUGACGAAAACAACACUACGAUAACAAAUGCCUCUCAGAAUACUAUUGCCAUUUGAAUUUUCCAAAGAAAUGAAAUCUCUUAUAUUUCACCCCUUAUUAGCCAAUGUAAAUUAUCAUUUUUUGCCAAGUAAACUUUUCCAUCAAUAUAGAGCAAACAUUUUAAAAUUUAUUACAUUUCAAUUGUAAACAUUAUGAACAACAUGGCUUUAAAACAAUAAAAUGCUUUG